AUCCAUUACCUUGCAUUCUGCCAUCGACUUGUCCUUACGACCCGCCUCGACUGUUUGCAUCCUACACACUCGCUUGUCCAUCUUCCUCCGCCUCCCGACCCAUCGCCAUCACUCCGUCUCUGGAGACGCUAGGCUUGCCAUUAGCCGUGCCUUGCAGCUACUUCUUAUCGAUCUAGAUCGUCUGCCGAUCGUUUUCUCGUGUCCAGCACUUUUCGUCAUCCAGUCAACCAGACACCUCUUUACGCACCGCUGGCGGGACUGCCCCCAUCCGAGACAACUGCAUCUUUCGCACACCCAAAGACAUUUGUGGCUUGUUGAACAUCUCGCGUCAUUCAAAGUGCCACUCCCUACACCAAAUGUUUUGAUCGGUCCGGCAGAAAGCCUCCAUCCUCGAACCAUCCUCGAAUACUCUCAGCCCUUGGAUCCGAUAGCAUCUGAUCACAGAUCACACGCCAGACUCGUGCAUCCGCCGCAAUGGACGGUGCUACCUGGCGACACGCUCGCGCCCUCGUGGCCCGAGAGGACGCUGGCUUGGAGCUCCUGGACCUCCUGAGUAACCCUUUCAAGUCACAGAUCACUGGUGAUUCCGUCUGGUACGCGCUGGGCACGUCGGUCGGUAUCAGCGCCUCCAUCGCCAUUGCAUUCUCGCUUCUUCGCCCUCACAACUCGGUCGUCUACGCCCCAAAGCUCAAGCAUGCCGACGAGAAACAUGCACCACCCCCAAUCGGCAAAGGAUACCUGGCUUGGGUCAAGCCGCUAUGGAGCACUACCGAGAAGGAGACGGUGGCCUACGCCGGCAUGGACGCUGCCAUCUUCCUGCGCUUCACACGCAUGCUUCGCAACCUGUUCUUGGUACUCGCACUCGUGGGCUGUGCCAUCCUCCUGCCUGUCUAUUACUCGAUGAACAGUGGCAACUCCAACCAGAACUGGAUCGUGAGGCUCACUCCGGCACAGGUCUGGAACCAGCCUAUCUGGGCUACAAUCGUGCUCGCUUAUGCGUGUAACCUGAUUAUCUGCGGCUUCUUGUGGUACAACUAUAGAAAGGUGUUGCAGCUCAGACGCCACUACUACGCCAGCGAGGAGUAUCAAAACAGCUUGCACGCCAGGACUCUAAUGAUGACCGACAUCCCCAAGAACUACGGGUCCGACGAGGGCAUCGCUCGGCUGAUCGACCAGGUUGCUCCUCACUCGUCUUUCUCCCGUACUGCGAUGGCUCGCAACGUCAAACAUCUUCCCGGGUUGAUCAGCCAGCACGAUUCGACUGUAAGGAAACUGGAGAAGGUCCUUGCGCAUUACCUGAAGGACCCGAAGAACCUCCCCGCGAGCCGGCCCAUGUGCUAUCCAUCCAAGAAAGAUCCGUCCUACGGCACAUAUCCUAGAGGACAAAAAGUAGACGCGAUCGAGUAUCUGACCCAGCGCAUCAGAGAGCUUGAGGAAGAGGUCAAGGGAGCCCGUGCUGCCAUCGACAAGCGCAACGUGCUCAACUAUGGUUUCGCCAGUUACGAUGACAUCGAGGAAGCACACAACAUUGCGUACGUUUGCCGCAAGAAGAAACCGCACGGCGCGACAAUCACCCUUGCACCCAGGCCCAACGACAUUAUCUGGGACAACAUGCCCAUCUCUCCGGCGACUCGCAGGUGGCGGAGAUUCAUCAUCAAUCUCUGGAUCACCGUGCUCACUUUCCUGUGGAUCGGCCCCAAUGCCAUGAUCGCCGUGUUCCUCGUCAACUUGAACAACCUCGGUCUGGUCUGGUCCGACUUCCAGACCUCGCUGGCUGCCAACCCCCAAUUCUGGGCCGUCGUCCAGGGUGUUCUCUCCCCUGCCGUUACUUCACUCGUAUAUCUCGUCCUGCCAAUCAUCUUCCGCCGUUUGUCCAUCAGAGCGGGUGACCGAACAAAGAGCGGACGCGAGCGCCAUGUCGUCGGCAAGCUCUAUGCCUUCUUCGUUUUCAACAACCUGAUCGUUUUCUCGCUCUUCAGCUGCUUGUGGAACUUUGUUUCCUCCGUCGUCAAAGACACCACAAAGGGCAGUGAUGCGUGGCAAGCGAUCCUAAAGGCGGACCUGUCGGGAGCCCUUCUUACUUCGCUCUGCGUUAUCUCGUCAUUCUGGAUCAACUGGCUGUUGCAGAGAAACCUUGGUGCUGCCAUUGACUUGGCACAAUUGUGGACUUUGGUGUAUAGCUCGUUCAUGCGCAAGUUUUCCAGCCCGACUCCACGAGAGAUGAUCGAGUUGACGGCACCGCCUCCAUUCGACUACGCCAGUUACUACAACUACUUCCUCUUCUACGCGACUGUCGCCUUCGCAUUCUCGAGUAUUCAGCCGCUCGUUCUCCCUGCCGCGGCCCUGUACUUCGCCAUCGAUGUGUGGUUGAAGAAGUAUCUGCUCCUCUACAUCUUCGUCACCAAGACAGAGUCUGGCGGCAUGUUCUGGCGUGUCUUGUACAACCGCCUCUGCUUUGCCGUCAUUUUGUCGAACUUGGUCGUCUACCUCGUGACUUGGGAGCGUGGUGACGGCACGAGGAUGCAGUUCUACUCCUCCCUUCCACUGCCACUCAUCAUGAUCAUUUUCAAGAUCUACUGCGCCAAGACAUUUGAUACUGAGCUGCACUACUGCUCUUCGCGCAGCGCACGCAAGAAUCCCGAGGGCGGCUUGGCACAGAAGGAUCCGCUGAGAUCCCAGAACUUCCUUGCCAAGCGCUUUGGCCACCCGGCUCUGUACAAGCCUUUGAUCACCCCGAUGGUGCACGCCCGGGCGCAGAACAUUCUCGCGGCUGUAUACAAAGGCCGCCUUACUGACGGGCGUGAGGCCUAUACCGGAGAUACCAUGUCCACUUCGGGCUACUCGGAUGCCUAUGUCCUCGACUCCAUGCAGGCCGGCAAGCCCGGCAAAGGCGCAGCCAUGCCCGGUUUCGAGAUUGUACCCGAGUCUCGUAUGGACUUUGAGUACUAUAAGAACAGGCCAGAGUUUGCAGCUGAGCAUGGCGGUGGCGAUUUCUACGGGCGAUCCGAAGAUGUGUACCGCCCUGGCACGCCAGGCAGCACGUGGGCGGGCAGUGAUGGGGGCUCACGGCCUAGCAGCCCUGGUUUCAUGCCGGCGGUGCCAAGAACUGCCAGCCCUGCACCAGUAGGCAGGUCCUACUCUCCCGCACCGGAUUCCGGUACUGCCUAUCCUGGUGGCUAUUCACGACCUCUGGGUAGUCCAUAUCAAGCAUACACACCUCCACCACCCGAGGUCGCUCGGUCACGAAGCCCGUUCUACGCAAGCCCGAACGAGAGCGGCACCAACCUGGUCAUGCAGGCUGCGCCGAUGCCUUCGGCCACCCCUGCCCAUGACCGCAGUCAAGAUCGUUUAGGCGGUCGCGCUCCAGGCACCGCCGGCAUGCUCGGCGGCGGCCCUAGAGGGUAUGGAGGUCUCCCACAGCACGAGGAUGACACCCCUGAUCACGACCCUACCCAGUAUGAUUAUUUCCGCGGCCAGAGGACGCGUGGAAACAACUCUGGGGCGUGGUAAGGAUCGUUUUUGUCGGGGUUGACGGCCGCAUACUGUGCGCUGUAGCGGUCUUGCUCGUCUGGUUAUACAUUGGUCAGGCACCGCGGGAGCCAAGUGCUGGCACCGCCUGGUUGCGCAUUUUGGAAAGAAGGGUCUCUAGGUCUUGUAAUGGAGUAACGCAUGAUAGACUAGACAUUCCCCCCAGAGUGGCGGGUCUCGAUAGAGUUAUAUAUAUCUUUGUAAUGUCCUUUGGCCCUCUAAUCUACCAUGCAUGAAGCAUC